CUCUGAGCUCCUCAGUGAAGCACAAAGGCUGACAGCAACUGAGCGCGUGCGUGCCUUACUAGAUCUAUAAAAUACAAAGAAAUUACUUCUCAGAUCCAGAAGACACAGCACAACUUUGAAGAGCCAACAACAGAUCGUUUGGAUUUAAAUUCAAAAGUUUGGAGAACCACUGAAGGUUUUUCCAUUCCCCUCACAGCUGACCUCACCGACCCAGACAAGCAUCACAACUCACACCUCUCCGGGCUGCAGAUCAGGCGCAGUGCUAUGGUUACAUACAGUAAAGCUGACUCUGCGAUGGGCCACCUCGGUGUCCCCAAGAUGCACGUCACUUACCAUUACAAGCUUUUCACCUCCAAAGAGCAGCACAAGAUGGUUGUCCGGUCCCUUUACAGGCUGCAGGAGAGUGGCUUCUACUACAGCUCCAUCAACGGGAAGCAGGCCAACGUUUUACUGGAGUCCGAGCCCACCGGCACCUUCCUCAUCCGGGACAGCUCCGACAUCCACUACUUCUACACCAUCAGUGUCAAGACGGCGCUGGGCGUCAGGAACCUGCGCAUCCAGGUGGACGAUAGCUCUUUUUACAUGAGCACCGAUCCUAAGAAAGUCGACUGCGUCCCCCACUUUGACUGCAUCCUGAAACUGAUCAAGCACUACAUGCCUCAGGGCGUUGGCACCAAAGCCACCUACAUUUACUCCAGAGGGGAGACCACCCCCUUGGAGCUGGUCAAACCUCUCUACCACACCACGGCAUCCCUGCAGCAUCUGUGCAGGAAGCAGAUCAACAGGGACACUAGCGCCCCUUCUGAACAAGGCCAGCUGCCUAGUACUCUGCAGCAGUACCUCUUUGAGUACAACGAAAGUUUCUAAAGAAGUUGGACUGAUUUCUCGUGAAGGGGGUCAAAGAAACCAGAGGACGUCUGCAUCUGAGGAGCAAUGAUGCAGCAGAGACGAUCAGACCGAGCCGCCGGGCUCGGUCAAAAAGUAGCAGAGAAGAGACUGGGUUGUGAGGGAGCCAGAGUGAACUGGUGACAUGAAAGAAGAGUUUACCCUGCGGUACUCCUCUGCCUCACUGAUGACGUACGACUCGCUAAGAACUGAAGUGAACCUCACAGCUGUCUGCGGUUGGACGACAGUUCUUUAUGCUGCUGCUCACCAGCGUCCUUUGAGACUGUUCAGGUCGCGUGCACAAGCCUCAGGAAACUGUCAGCUAGAGCUGGACAGGGUGAGGCUGUUUAAUAUUUUCCUGGAUGGUCACAUUCCAGCCAAAUGUUCCCUGGAUGUUCACAGACAGAUGGGAAAAUGAAUGUUAGUAGAUGGUUUUAGAGCAGAAACAUUUUUUUUUUUUUUUUUUUUGCCAAAUUUGC